CUCAUUCGUGUACAGGAACAGGAACAAGAACGAGUUUUGUUUCUCGUGGUGGUGCAUGCGUGUACGUGCCGAAACAAAAACCCUCAUAAGGAAACAUGGGGAAAACACUGAAGGAUCACCUGGUCGACACAUUUGAUGAUUUGGGGGAUGAAAAAAUAAAAAGAUUUAAAGCAAAAUUAUGCGAUCGAAAGAAAGAACCGCGCGUGCGUCGCGCCGCGACCGAAAGGAUUCAAUAUUCAUUCGAACUUGCAGAAUUGAUGAUAAACACGUUCACGUCCAAAGACGCUCCUGCAGUAACGAUUGAAGUUUUAGAAGCUAUUGCGUGUAAUCAACAAGCAGAGGACCUGAGAGAAGCCAUGGGACACAGCACUUCUGAGGCUCAAACUGUAGUUCAACCUGUAGCUCAACUUGUGACUAAACCCGUGGAGAUCGACUCAAAAGCAUCACAAAGUGUUCAGAAGACUGAUGAUAGCCUGUCAGAUGAUUGUCCCGUAUCAUUAGAGCUUACUACAUGCAACCAACAAUUUAAAGACAAAAUUCUUAAAGAGAAGGGUGAGGAGGUUUACAAACCACGGGAUAAGUCUGAAAGAAAACGCCUGGCGCUGCUUAUAACCAACAUAGAUUUUGACAACCCAUCCAUGAAAAGGAGAGGGGCGGAGAAAGAUGAAGAGAACAUGGAGUGGCUGUUACAACAGCUAGAUUAUGUAGUUGUGAAAUAUACAAAUCGUUCCGGAAAAGAAAUGGAUGAUGCCAUCAGGAGCUUCGCUAAGCGUGAGGAGCAUGCGGAUUCAGACAGCACCUUUGUGGUUAUAAUGUCCCAUGGAAAACGGGACACCAUAUUAGGUGUCCAUCACGAUAAGAAAAACAAUGAUAUCCUCCUAGUUGACAAAAUCUACACCCAUCUGAACUCAACGAAUUGUCCAGCUCUGCUUAAUAAACCAAAGGUUAUUCUUAUCCAAGCCUGCAGAGGAGAUCAACAUGGACACGUGUGGGUCAGUGAUGGUAAGCCUGAGCAGCCAAUGGAAAUAGAGGGAGAUGACUUUGUACACAAGGAGAAAGAUUUUAUCUCUCUGAUGUCCUGCACCCCUGACACUAAAUCCUACAGGCACACUGAAUUUGGAUCGUUUUAUGUUCGAUGCAUAGUGGAUGUGUUUGGGAAAUGUGCACAUGAGGAUCACGUUGAGGAAUUGUUCAGGAAGGUUAUGAGACGCUUUGAGACUGAUGAACGUAUGAUAGGAUACUACAAACAAAUGGUGUGUAAAGACAGAGCAACACUAACCAAGCACUUCUACCUCUUCCCUGGACUCUGAAGUCAUACAAAAAACCUCACUCUUUUGUGAAAUACAGAUUAUAAGUGCAUGCAAGCUUUUUUUAAACCUAAUCAUUAUCAUAAUCAUUUUGACAGAGGUGAUGUUUGAGCUCUUUAUAUAUUCCACGUGUUUGAAUCAGCCAAGCCUGAAUAGACUUGAAAUUAGGGCUGCAUAACGAUUAAUCGCGACUAAUCGUUUGC